UGUGUUUGGCUGGGAGGUAACCGAAUUUGCCAGCUGGUUACUUGCUUUUGCCCAUGUUUCGCAUCACACAAGCUUAAGAGCAUUUUCAAAGCAUUUCAGCAUAAGAAACAUUUCCGAGUCAAGCUUCUAACAAAUACUCCCUCAGUCCCAAAAUAUAAGAACGCUUUUAACACUACACUAGUGUCAAAAACGUUCUUAUAUUAUGGGACGGAGGGAGUAGUCCAUUAGCUUUACCGAACGAUCGUAAUCACCUUCAACUCCCCACCUCCCUCAAGGUCACAAGAAGACCUCUUCUCCUCAAGGUCACAAGAAGACCUCUUCUCCUUUGACGGAAACACUGAAACUGGAUUUGUUAUUGUUCUCUCCCCUUGUCUUGCAUUGCUUGUAGCCAUUACACAGGCUGAUGCCUGGACGGCAGCAGUAUUGUAUUCCACGAAAUUUGAUUGCACGGCCUGCAAGCUGAUAUCAUCAGAUAAUCACUAAACAAGUAAGCAGUCAAACCGUAAGACAGACGAGUUUUCCAAAUGAUGCUUAUAACAAGGAAGCUGCUGGAGGGGGCAGAGCUGAAUUACCUAUGGUUAGCCAGAACCAUGAUCAUCUCCUUGCUGCUUAUUCUCGGCUUCGAGCCAUUCGUCGCUGCCGUCAAUCCACUGACGCAGAUCUGCUACUACAGAGACUCCCACAUGAACGAGAGCACCUACAGAGAGAACCUUGAGCUCCUAUCUACUGCGCUAUUCAGUAGUGCCUCAUCCACACGAACCAACCUCGCCAAGGGCUUCGUCGGAACUGACCAAGACCACAUAUACGGCGUCGUGGUGUGCCGCGGUGAUGGCGUCGUCGAUGCCUGCCCCAGCUGCAUCACCACAGCAUUCCAGGAUGUGUGGCGGGUGUGCACAAACCACAAGGAGGCGCAUAUUCUAUACAAGGAUUGCAUCGUCCACAUCUCCGCGAAGGAUCUUAUCUACGACUCUACUGUUGUGCUGAACAGGUUGCUGGUCUUCACGGACACCACAAAACACAAUAUGGAUCCCAACAUCCCCAGCGAGGUGAGCGCCAAGUACACCGAUGUCAGCAUUGAUGGAAACAUCAAGGUGCUGCUUCAAGAGACAGCCAAACAAGCAGCCUACAACUCGACGAUGAUGUACGCCACCGGCCGCAUGGAUGUCUACAGCACAAUCCCGCUGCUCUACUCUCUGGCGCAGUGCAGCCUGGACCUACCGCCAAAUGACUGUUGGGAUUGCCUCGACAAUAUCAGGAGUGCGGCGAAGAGUUUCUUCUACCAGCAACGUGGUGAAUGGAUUGCUGGUGUGUGGUGCAAUUUCAGGUAUAGCACAUAUCAGUUCUACGAGGGUCAGCCCAUGCAGCAUAUCACCUUGUCGGGUGCUGUAGAUCCAACAAUAAACAUGCCGGCACCCAAGCCGGCGCCAGGGCCAGUUGAUCUUCCCAGGCAGAAAGACGAGACUCCCAGCCAUAAACACAAGAGUAAGCAAGACUAUUUUAUAUGUUGAAACAUUCCUUAAAACAUAACCACCUAUGUU